UUCAGUGCAGCGCUCAAGUACACAAUACCGAUCUAUCAGUCAACUGAUAGUCUGAUAGAUCUCGUGGCCAUGGAUCCCAAGCUUUUCAUUUGGCGGGAGAUUUCCCCUUCAGACUCUUUCUAAUUUCACAUCUAGGGCUAAAUCCACGCUCAGCCCCAACCCUUUCUCUCUCUCUCUCUGUUUUGUUUGUGUGUAAAUUUCUAGGGCUAAUCUUCUGCUCACACGAACGCUUCAAAAACAGUCAUGGAGGACCUUCCUCCACCUUCCGAAACCUCCGCGCCGCGCCCCCAGAAGAGGACUAGGGUUCAGGCUCAGACUAGCGAGAACCAAGCUAGUAAGGCGAAUGGUGCUGGUGCCGAGAACCGUGAGCGGACCAGCGAAGCAAGUGACCAGACGGGCCGGGAGAGUUCGCCGGACGAUUUCGAAGAGGCUCGUCCUGGGGCUAAGCGAAAUCGUGCCUAUGAAGGAACUUCGGGCUCGGCUCACAAAGCCACCGACCAGAGCUUGAUUGAGGUCAUCAAAAGUAAUGGGAAACUUAUUCCUCAAGCGGUCAAACUUUGGGUUGAGCGAUAUGAAAAGGAUCGAAAACCUGCAAUGGUUGAACUCUUGACGAUUCUGUUUGAGGCAUGUGGAGCUAAGUAUUAUAUCAAAGGAGACUUCCUUGAUGAGACAGAUGUUGAUGAUGUUGUGGUUGCUCUUGUCAAUCUUGCUAGAAGAGGAGAAGUUGAAGAUUAUCAAAAUUCAAAAAAGAAGGAUUUUAAGAACUUCAAAGAUAAUCUUGAAUCAUUCUGGGACACUUUGGUUCGUGAGUGUCAACAUGGGCCGUUAUUUGAUCAGGUUUUGUUUGACAAGUGCAUGGACUAUAUAAUUGCACUAUCUUGCACUCCUCCAAGAGUUUACCGUCAAGUUGCUUCAUUGAUGGGCCUCCAACUUGUCACAUCCUUCAUAACUGUUGCUAAAAUGCUUGGUGCACAGCGUGAAACUACUCGUAGACAGUUGGAUGCUGAAAAGAAGAAACGAACUGAGGGCCCUCGUGUGGAGUCACUAAAUAAAAGAUUCUCAACGACUCAUGAAAAAAUUACAGUGUUAGAGGAGAUGAUGCGCAAGAUAUUUACAGGGUUAUUUGUCCAUCGUUACAGAGACAUUGACCCAAACAUUCGAACAUCAUGCAUACAGUCACUUGGUGCAUGGGUUUUGUCAUACCCUUCUCUGUUCUUGCAGGAUUUGUAUUUAAAGUAUCUUGGGUGGACACUAAAUGAUAAAAAUGCUGGUGUAAGAAGAGCUUCUAUCAUUGCAUUGCAAACUCUUUAUGAAGUGGAUGAUAAUGUGCCUACUCUUGGUUUAUUUACUGAAAGAUUUUCAAACCGGAUGAUCGAGCUUGCUGAUGACAUUGAUGUUUCUGUGGCUGUCUGUGCCAUAGGACUUGUAAAACAACUACUAAGACACCAACUUAUACCUGAUGAUGACUUGGGUCCUUUAUAUGAUUUACUGAUUGAUGAUCCACCAGAAAUUAGGCAUGCCAUAGGAGCAUUAGUUUAUGAUCACCUGAUUGCUCAAAAGUUCAAUACCUCCCAGUCUGGCACAAAAGGCGAUGAAAGCAGUUCUUCAGAGGUCCAUCUUGGCAGAAUGUUGCAAAUAUUGAGAGAGUUUUCAACGGAUCCAAUAUUAAGUGUCUAUGUCAUUGAUGAUGUUUGGGAGUACAUGAAGGCUAUGAAGGAUUGGAAGUGUAUUAUCUCCAUGCUCUUGGAUGAGAAUCCAUUGAUUGAGCUUACUGAUGAGGAUGCGACAAACUUGGUACGGCUUCUUUGUGCAUCUGUCAAAAAGGCUGUUGGAGAGAGGAUUGUUCCUGCCACUGACAAUCGCAAGCAAUAUUACGCUAAAGCUCAAAAAGAAAUAUUUGAAAACAACAGACGAGAUAUAACUGUUGCCAUGUUGAAGAACUAUCCAUUGCUAUUACGCAAAUUCAUGGCAGAUAAAGCGAAAGUGCCAUUACUAGUUGAGAUUAUUUUGUAUACCAACCUUGAGCUUUAUUCCUUGAAGAGGCAGGAGCAGAAUUUUAAAAAUGUCCUGCUGCUUAUGAAAGAGGCAUUUUUUAAGCAUGGUGAGAAGGAGGCACUGAGAUCCUGUGUCAGGGCUAUAAACUUUUGUUCAACUGAGAGCCAAGGGGAGCUGCAGGAUUUUGCCCGUAAUAAAUUAAAGGAACUUGAGGAUGAACUUACUGCUAAACUUAAAGCUGCAAUCAAAGACGUAGUGGAUGGUGAUGAUGAAUAUUCUCUCCUUGUGAAUUUGAAAAGGUUGUAUGAGCUUCAAUUGUCAAGGGCUGUGCCUAUGGAGAGCUCAUAUGGAGACAUAGUCAUGGUUCUCAGUAGAUUUAGAAAUUUGGAAGAUGAGGUUGUCAGUUUUCUUCUUCUGAACAUGUAUUUGCAUUUGGCGUGGUGUCUGCACUCCAUCGUAAAUAGUGAAACCGUCUCUGAAGCAUCUUUAUCUUCUCUACUAUCUAAACGCAAUACCUUUUUUGAGCAACUUGAGUACUUUCUCAACACCUUGACUGAUGUGGAGGAAGUGGGUAAACGUGGAAAUCAGCUAGCUUGUAGGGUUUGUACUAUACUUGCCGAAGCAUGGUUUUUGUUCAGAAGGACAAAUUAUUCUUCAACGAAAUUGGAAAGAUUAGGAUAUUGUCCGGAGAAAUCUAUUCUUGAGAAGUUCUGGAAACUUUGUGAACAACAGCUCCAUAUUUCAGAUGAGACAGAAGAUGAAGAUGUGAACAAAGAGUAUAUUGAGGAGACAAAUAGAGAUGCAGUCAUGAUUGCUGCUGCAAAGUUGGUUGCUAGUGAUGCAGUUCCUAAGGAGUAUCUUGGUCCUGAGAUUAUUUCUCAUUUCGUGAUGCAUGGAGCAGGUGUGGCAGAGAUUGUUAAGAAUCUAAUCACUGUUCUAAAGAAAAAAGAUGAUGAUCUUUCCAAUAUCUUCCUUGAAGCUCUGAAAAGGGCCUACCAUCGACAUAUGGUGGAACUUUCCACAAGUGACGUUGACCCCUUGACUAGCAAGUCUUUCCUCGAAUGUAAAGAUCUUGGUACUAGGCUUUCUGGAACUUUCAUGGGUGCUGCUCGGAACAAGCACAGAUCGGACAUCUUAAAAAUUGUCAAGGAUGGUCUUGAUUAUGCUUUUGUAGAUGCUCCAAGGCAGUUGUCAUUUUUGGAAGGUGCUGUGCUCCAUUUUGUAUCCAAACUUCCUACAUCCGAUGUGCUUGACAUUAUAAAGGAUGUCCAAAAACGUACAGAGAAUGUAAAUACAGAUGAAGAUCCCAGUGGCUGGCGCCCCUAUCACAUGUUUGUCGACACGUUGCGUGAGAAGUAUGCAAAGAAUGAAGGUUUUCAAGAUGAGAAAGAAGGAGCAGUCGUAAGACGCAGGGGUCGUCCUCGUAAGCGGCGUAACAUAGAGGGAAAGAGACUAUUUGAUGGGCACGGUUCCAGUGACGAAGAGGAUUCAAUUAGUGCAUCGGACCGAGAAGAAGCUCAAGAUGAAGAUGAAGAGGAAGACGCUCCUUUGAUUCGUUCGAUUAGGCCUUCAUCCAAGUUGAGAUCAUUGAGACUCUCAAGAGAGGAAAAUAAAGGCCAGACAAGGACAUGAGAUUCCGGAAGAGCUACAGGUAAUUUAGCCACAUCUAGAACAUCAGGGGCCUCCAUCUAGUGACUAAAAACUCAAGAUUGCACCUUGUAUAUAAAGGGCAUAGCACUGUAGGUAUAAGUUGUAGAAAAUAGUUUUGGAGCAUUACCAUAUUUUCUCUCCUAGGUUUUGGUGAUUUAUUUUCUUGUUUUUGGGUGCUCAGGUUGGGCGGUCAUGUACCAAGUGAAAAAAAAAUUGUUAACAAUUCAAAGAUCAUUGCCUUGUUGCCGCA